CAACGGAAGUUGUGAUUCCGUCAUAGAUUCGUUCCUUUGCGAAAAUAGAAGGAAGUGACAUUGCACACAACUAAUUUUUUUUUAAGAUAGCUAUGGAAAGUUUAUGAUUUUUAAGAUUACGCCAAUAUUUAUUACAAAUGGGUUAGACAUCUGAAUGUCAUCUUGGUAAAAACUGAAUAUAGUAAAUGGAUUUGCUUCCUAGCAUAUAAAUCUAAUGAUUAGUUGGUUCUGAGGGUAAAUAAAGACAACAGGAAGUUUGAAAAAUCUAUUUCUGAUAGAAUUUGUCACCACAAGAACAGAAGAUGCCUGCCAUUAGAAGAACGUUAAAAAAUGUUGUCAAGAACUAUUCAGAUGCUCAGGUUAAAGUUCGAGAGGCAACAUCGAAUGAUCCCUGGGGCCCCUCCAGUACACUGAUGUCUGAGAUAGCAGAUUUAACUUAUAAUGUUGUGGCUUUUACUGAGAUUAUGCAGAUGGUAUGGAAAAGACUUAAUGAUGAUGGCAAAAAUUGGAGACAUGUCUACAAAUCUUUGCUCGUCUUAGAUUACAUUAUAAAAACAGGAAGUGAAAAGGUUGCCCAGCAGUGUAAAGAGAAUUUUCAUGUCAUCAAAACUCUGACCAACUUCCAAUACUCAGAUGCUGAUCAGAAAGACCAUGGCCAAAGUGUCAGGGAGAAGGCAAAGCUUUUAGUUGCCAUGUUGUCUGAUGAGGAGAAGUUUAAAAAUGAAAGAGCCAAAGCACUUAAGGCUAAAGAAAGGAUGGCCCAGAAUGCAAUGGGAAUGGGCAAUGGUACAAGUAGUAGAACUAGGGUGCGACUGGGUGGAAGUCCAACAACAGGGGCAGGUUAUCAGGAAAGUUAUGGCUACCCUGACUCAUCACCAGGCAGUGGAAGUGCUGGUACUCCUUCAGAAAUUGAAUCAGCCAGACCUUCAUCAGCUGGAGAGGAAGAGCUGCAGCUACAGCUGGCUCUGGCCAUGAGCAAGGAGGAACACGAGGAGCAUGUGCGCAAACAGAAGUCUGAUGACAUCAAACUGCAGAUGGCAAUUGAGCAAAGUAGGGAGCAGGCCAAAAAUGACAGACGAAGACAACAGCAAGAGUUAGCCACACAGAGCCCACAGUCCACCACACUACUGGACCUUGCUGGUCCCAGCACGGCAGGUGCCCAUUCUCUCAACACUGACCCAUGGGGCAUGCCGGUACAGUCUUCUGUGUCUGCUGACCCCUGGGCCGCACCCUUACCUGGACCUUCGAACACAGUUCCACCGGACCCGUGGGGGGCUUCAGGAGGUGUCAGAGCCCCCGCCGGUAAUGUCGCAGCACCAGUAGACCCUUGGGGGGUAACUUCAUCUAGUCCACAGCCAAGGGCAGGUGCCUGGUCCAGUGCCAGUCCAACACCGCUCGCCUCAGCCCACCAGUCAACAGCUGACCCUUUUGGCAUUGUUGCCCGCAGUGGCGUCUCUAAUGGAACAUCAGCACCAAACAACAUUGAUAAUGAAUUUGAUUUGCUGAGUGCACGCAGCGCUGACACGUCGCCAGCUAAAUCAGCAGUGCUCGAUGAAUUUGAUCUGUUAGGUGUUUCUCAUACUAACGGUUCAAAUGCUGAUGCUUUUGAUAUGGACAGUUUAAAUCAAGAUCUGCCACAGAAUAAAAAGAAAAGUGCUGAGGCAUUUCUAGGUGGUCAUGCCAACCUGGUCAAUCUUGACCAGUUGGUUUCAAAAGCUCCACCUAAAGGCAACAACCCAUUUGCCAUGACAACGGGUGCUAGCAACCCUUUUCAGGACCCCACCACUGGGGUGAGGAUGCCCAUGGCUCAGAUGGCCCCGUCAGGGCCGGGCUUCACACAGCCUGUCAACACAGGGUUAUUACCUGCCCCCCUGCUUCCACUCGGCUCAACACAAGCUAUGCAGACCCAGCAAGGAUACAACCCAUUUUUAUGAAAACAUAGUCCAUCUUGUGAGGGUUUGUCCCCCGUCUCAUAGAUGGACUCAGCCGUGUUUGUGAGGGACUUCACUUGGGGAAAUGAAGAGAAAUAAGGAGAAAAAUAUAAUUUUUUUUAAAAAAUUGGUUUGUGGAAAAAAAAUGUCAAAGCAGAAGAACUUUGUGUUAAACUGUAGGAUGGAUGUAGUGAUUUCAUUCCUACUAGAUCAUCUUACCUUUGAAGCAAAACUUGUGGCACGUCAACAGGAUAUUCCUUGCAAAGUUUUUCCAACAUAUCGGGGUAUGAGUGGGUAAACAGCAGUCGCCUUCCUUACUGUGGUCAAGUUUUGAGUAGAAACCAACACCCUCAAGAUACAUGGGUCACAAAAGUUCCGAUGUGUUACACAAAGGCAUGGCAUGUUUGACAAGUGUGGACAUAGGAUGAAUCUUCUGUAUAUAUUGAAGUGUAUGGCAGCUGUAUGUCUCAUAUUUUGAGUGUCUGUUGAAGAAUGUCAUUGGUCAUGUUAUCUAUCUAUACAUACAAACACAUAUAUAUAUAUCAAGUGCCACUUUGGUUAUGCAAUUGUAUUAUCAUGUCGAUAUUUGUUUUUAAAAAGAAUUACUACCUUUUCUUCAUGUAUUACAGAGCAUUAUUCACUCUAUAUGGAAAAGCAAAGAGAUCUAUGUCUUGUCUGUUUUCAUUUUUUUUUUCUGUGUGCAUUAAGAAAUAAGUAAUCAACACAAGUCCAAUUUGCCUUUUUUUUUUUGUUUAAAAAAAAUAAACCGAAUAUUUACUGUGUAUUGUCAUUAAAGCAUGGACACCUUUUUUUUUUUAUUUUUACAACAUCUGUGUAAAAUACCUUUUUUUUUAAUAAUUGCAGAUAAAGGCUUAGUAAUGAAAAUUUUGAAAUACUUGCCAUAUUGCCUUGUAUUUUCUAGCUUUACUCUGAAUUUAUUUCAUGAGGGAGACAGUAGAGGACAAUAAACACUGAUAAGGUGAGCCAAAACCACUUGUACAUACAGAGGUGUACAGAAUGCCAUUACCAGUGGGGCCCAGUGGUACAAACUACAGGGUGUAGUUGUUUCAAGCAAUAAUGUGGGGUGGGGACAGAUGCACGCACCAGCUUCCUGCAUAAUAAGUGUAGCUUUGCCUGUUUUUGAUGCUGAAUUGUUGCAUGAAGAUUAGGUUGCUGAAUAGGUCAUGUUUUCUUUUUUUUUUAUAUUACAAAAUUGGGGUAGUUAAUUUGGAGUUUUCAGGUAAAAGAGAAAUAUAACCUGUUAGUGGAUUAUCUGUAUGGAUCUGCUCCUGUAUCUUUAUACAUCUCUAAAACAGACAUUGUCUUACAGAAUUCUGAAACCUGUGAGUUCUAUGGCAGUAAUAUUGUAAUGUUGAUAACUAUGAUUUUUUCACUAGCUCUUAUAAAUAAAGCAGUUGAAGAGAA